GCACAGUACAGGAAGUAGAAAAUAAAAAUUGCUAAUAAAACUUUCUGAAACUUUUCCCAACCUCUCUUCUACCUUUUUCACGAGCCAUCCCUGAAACACAAAAACAAAAAACAAAAAAACAAAAGUUUCUCUAGGGUUCCCCAAAAAAGCCAAAGCUACGCUCUCUGUCGGUGCUUGUACUUCUCUUCCAUAACCAGACUGCUAUGGAGAUUCUCAGAGAUUUUCCCGGAAAAUUUCUAGGGCUACUACAAUAAUAAUACUAGUACCACUACUACUACUACUAGUUUUGUGGCGGUGGUGAUGGAAGAUAUAGGCUUAGUGAAGCAAGGUUGGAAAUGGCUGCGAUCGCAGAAGGACGCGUGCUCGCGUGCUCGAGUCGCCGUCGGUUGCUGUAAAGACAGGGUUUGCUCGUUUUUGGAGCGGCAUUGGCCCAAGGUGUGUAGCGGAAGCGUUAGCUUCGUCAGGCUGCUUCGUUGCUCGGUGCUGCUAUGGAAGAACUGCGUGGUGAGAGGGUUCCGAUCGAUGAUCGCGUUCGGCUCCGCCGCGUUGCUGUUUAUUAUGUGGAGUUUCUUCCUCAGUCUCACUUCUCUGUCUUGCUUGGCCUAUGUGAUUCUCAGUAUGGGAGCUGCUGGAGUUGCCAUUAAGUACUUGGGAUAUACUCCUGGAAUUUUUAUUGUGGGGCUCUUCGCUAUUCUAGUUUUAUGGAUGUAUGCCAACUUUUGGAUAAUGGGGACAUUGUUUGUAGUUGGAGGUUACUUGUUCUCCCUAAAUCAUGCACGGUUGGUGGUCUUAGUGGCAGCUAUAUAUGCCAGUUACUGUGUCAAAGUUCAAGUUGGAUGGCAUGGUGUUUUUCUCUCAAUAAACCUUGCAUUCUUAUCUAGUGAUUUACUGAAUUUUAUGCUUCAAUGGUGUGAUAAAAUGAGUGAACGCACACACUCUGAAGAACAGAAACCAUCAGCCAGCGUUUUGGGGGAUGAAUUUUCUGAAGAGUGUGAGUACUUUAUUCCUACCACUGAAUCUGAAAAUUUGCACUCAUGUAAGUCAUCUAGCACACCACCUGUAACUUCAUCUGUUACUAAUGAGCACAAAGAGUCUGCUUCUAGCAAAGCAGUCAAAGAGCUUGCAAGUUCAGUUGAUGAAAUGAAAAGAAUAUUAAAUUGCGUGGAUCAUUAUGAAGCACUGGGAUUCCCUCGCCACAAGACAGUAGAUGCAAAGAUUUUGAAACAGGAAUACCGGAAGAAGGCUAUGCUUGUGCAUCCUGAUAAAAAUAUGGGAAGUUCACAAGCAAGCGAAUCCUUUAAGAAACUCCAAUGUGCAUAUGAGGUUCUUUCUGAUUCCAUAAAGAAGAGAGACUAUGAUGAGCAAUUGAGAAAAGAAGAAUCCAGGACUAGGAGUGUGUGUCAGAGGUCCCAUAGUACAUCACAUCAGGGUAAUCAGGACUAUCGCUCUGAAGAGUCGAGACGUAUACAGUGCACCAAGUGUGGCCUUUCACAUAUAUGGGUAUGCACCAAUAGGAGCAAGGCUAAGGCAAGAUGGUGUCAGGAUUGCUGUCAGUAUCAUCAAGCCAAGGAUGGAGAUGGAUGGGUUGAAUACAGAGGCUCGUUGGUAUUUGAAUGUCCUCAAAAGGUGGAAAUACCACGUGCUUUUGUCUGUGCUGAGAGCAAAAUCUUUGAUGUAUCAGAAUGGGCUAUCUGUCAGGGAAUGGCUUGUAGGCCCAACACUCAUCGGCCCAGCUUCCAUGUAAACAUGGUUGGCCUGGAGAAAACUCAACGAUCCAAGUCAUGCAGAUUCCCGUGGGAUUUGGAUGCUGAAAUGAUGGAUGAAGAUGAAGAAGCAUUUGAGUUGUGGCUUCAGCAGGCUCUGGCUUCUGGACUCUUUUGUGAAUGCUCCAAACGCAGAAAGAGCUGGAGUCCAUUCAACUUGCAUCAUAAGAAAGGAAAGAAGGAGAAGCAAUGGCACCGAAGAACGUCAUGCUGAAUUGUAAAGGGUAAAAGUUUUGUUUGCCCAUCACAGGGGGAUUGCUCUGAUCAAAGGUAAAAGUGAUGGAGUUUGUACAUGCGAAUCCUAGUAAUUCCAUUACUUUUGGUGGGCUUGGAAGGCUCAUAAUGGGUGACAUUGCUUUUCACAAUUGCAAAGAAUGUAGAUUGAUUAGAAACUUUUUUCUAUCCAUCUGAUUCUGAAAAAUAACCUAGUUAUUAGAGCUAUAGGUUGAUUGAAUUGGUUUGCGCAAUGCUAUGUGCGAGAGGAACCUGGUGUUUUCAGGUCGUUAACCCAUGAGAUUGAAAGCUUUUAGGAAAUGGGUGGAAAGGGAAGAGAUUCUAUUAUUUUCAAUAGAAAAUGUAACCACCAUCCAAGAACUGUAAAAUUUUUAAAUUUAGUAGUAACGUUAAGAACAUUGUAAACCGCAAUCAAGUUGUGAAAAAUGUGUAAUUUGUAUUCUGUAA